AUGAGAAAACAUAUCGAAGAAUACAUCAAAACUUGCGACAUGUGCUGUCGAAAUAAGCCCAAUCGACAUAAGCCCUACGGAACUCUCCAACCCCACGACGUACCCUGUGCACCUUUUGAAGUUAUUACCUAUGACUUUAUUCAAGGAAUGCAACCCUCACGAGACCCACUUACCAAUUUCAUCUUCAACGAAAUCCUAGUUAUCACCUGCAAAUUCUCGAAAACCGCUAUCUUCAUACCAUGGCAUGAAAAGUUCGGAACAACCGAAUUCCAACAUGUCUACCUCCAACAUGUCUUUUCCAAAUACGGAAUCCAACACAAACACAUCUGCGACCGAGAUCGACUCUUUCAGAGCAAGUAUUGGCAAUCAGUCAUGAACCAGACUGGCACCAAACUGAAUAUUGCUUCUAAGGCACAUCCUCAGACGGAUGGUGCUUCAGAACGUCUGAUUCAGACCCUCGAAAUAUAUCUCCGAUGUUUUGUGAAUUAUGCGCAGACAAAUUGGAUAUCUCUCCUCCCCUCUGCCGAAUUUGCAUACAACACCUCUCAACACUCAACCACGAAGUUAUCGCCAUACGAAGUCUUGCGUGGAUGGACUCCAAAAGCCUUUUUACCUCCCCUCCGACCAAAAGAAGUCGUGCCUGAUGCUGAAGAACAUAUGGAAAAAAUGAAGAAUCUUCAUAGUAUCCUUAGGAAAGACCUUCAAUUCUCUCAAGAACGAAUGGCUCAUUACUAUGAUAAAAAGCAUCUAGAAGCUCCUUUAUUAAAAGAAGGAGAUAAAGCAUAUCUGCUUGCGCGAAAUUUGAAAACCAAGCGCCCUAAAAAACUUGAUUUUCAGAAAUACGGCCCCUACACAAUCAAAAAACAAUUGGGUAAACACCAAUACGAAUUGGACAUACCUGGACCCUCACGAAUUCAUCGCACAUUUCAUGUUUCUCUCUUGGAACCCGCUCCACCUGGACUACGGGAAGACCCAGAAGACAUGGAAAUCGAAUACGACGAUUACACCGAAUACGACGUCGAAAAGAUCCUCGAAGGACCUAAUGAGAAUAACGAGUAUCUUGUUCGAUGGUCUCUACCCUAUGGCCCAGAAGACGACUCCUGGCAGCCAGAGGAAAACAUCUCCCCAGAACUCAUCCAGUCCUAUCUAAGGCAACCCGGGAUGCUCGCUCAGCAGGGCAACGCAGCGCCAAAGAAAAGACGUGGACGACCUAGGAAGAAUGCCGAUUAG